AUGAUAUUUAAGAGAAGGACCAUCAAGACUGCAAAUUGCAACAAGAGCAGACUGUUCAAAUACAUCAAUGCUACGCUAGAGUCGAAAAGAGUUCAGGAACACGACUUAGUACUUCAGAAAGAGGUGUUGGAAAGCUCCAUAACAUUAGAAAGUCUUAUGAAUAAUUAUUGCAUGUGAGAGUCUGAGGUUAAUGGUCUUGACUUCUUAUUGGCCAAGUCUCGAUCUAUUUUACUACCUUUUCAACAUAAAAGGCUCUCUUCCAUUCCGGAGUGUUAUAAUAAAGAGACCAAAGUUAGCCAGGACUCUUCUAAGCAUAUGGAACUUCAUGGAAAAAUUAACAGCACCUCAGCCAUGGGUGAAAAUUUAACAGAAUCCGGAAGGAACCACUCGAAUAUUCAGAGAAGAAAUUCCCCACACUCAAGUGCUCCUUAUGGGACGAGAAAUAAGUACGACUGUACUUAUGCUGGCUGUAAGAAGCUCUUUAGGACUGCUAGAGCUCGAACCAGACAUAUAAGACUUCAUUUCAAGUUCAGACCAUAUCAGUGCCAUCUUUGCUCUAAACAGUACACCCAAAAGGUAAACUUGAAGAAGCACUUGUUGAAGCACUCUCAGCCAGACUUAGAGGCUAGGAGAGUUUAUGAGUGAAAUCAUUGCGACAAGAAGUUCACUGAGAAAUACACAGUCACGGCUCAUCAGAGAAGACUCCACUAAGUCGUACACAUUGGGAGAUUCAGAUAGGCAUUAAUUAAUUCUCUAAAAUUUC